AUGUCUGAACAGAUGGAGAAGAAUUCUGGUAGUAUUCCCUGCGACAUGUGUACAGAGGAGGACAGGAAACCAGCACVGAAGACYUGCAUGAAAUGUGAGAUCUCCAUGUGCGUCCAGCACCUGCAGGCCCACCUGACCACCCCUGUGUUACUGCAGACUCACCCUCUGGCUGAGCCCAGGGCUAUAGGUGGGAACACUAAGUGUCCUCAGCACGGCAAACUCCUGGAGUACUACUGCUUGGACGACAUGACCUGUGUGUGUGUCUCCUGUGCCAUUGAAGACCAGCACCGCAUCCACAACAUGAAGACCUUCUCCACAGCCCACAAGGAGCUGAUGGAGAAACUCAAAGCUGAGCAGCAGGUCUUACAGGAGAAAACUGAGAAUAAGRACUUGAGUCUGGAAAAGUGGGAGCAGAGUGAAAGACAGAAGCUGGCUYGCUGUAGUGUGCGUCUUCUUGAAGCUGUGACCAACCUGCGUGACGUUUCUCUGACCAGYGUCCAGAGUUCAGUCUCUGCUCGUAUGGUGGCCAUCAGAACCAGCAAGAGCAGCAUGGAAGCAGCUCAGAAGGAGAARGAYGCCUUCAGAUUCCUGCAGAUGUACUCUCAGGUGAACCAGGAUGUGGAGAAAGCCAAAACUGUGGAUCUGAGAAAAGGACUGGAGCCUGGAAGCCACCGUGACAAGCUGGUUCAGSAGAUCAGAGAGAAGGGUGAAAAGAUAACGAAGCACACGUCUGACUUCAUAGAGUCAUUGAUGAUCCUGGUUGACCCUGAACACCACCAGGGGCUCACUGCUACUAGUUCAGACCUGAUUUUUGAACCACAGUGCGUUCCUCCAUGUCACUCUCCAACAACAAAUAGGUUUUCUGUAACAGCUGGCUGGGACAAUGCUAUGCCACACUUCUGA